GUCACACUGCUAAAAACGACAAACGACAAGACGCGAAAAAUGAAAACGCAAAAUAAAAAAAACAAAUUAAAGUGAAAUUAAACGCAACUACAUCGGAUUACAGAUUGCGUGCGCACGACUCCCCCGAGGACAACCAUCCAGCCAAAAAUAUCCAUAAUAAAGGAGACCCAACUUUGCCGUCCGUAUAGUCCCCUUUGGCGUCGAACGGGGCCAAGUGAGAGUGAGUGGUGCAUGAAUCACCCCCUCGCCCGCAUCAACAUCCACAUCCAUCACCAGCUUCGAAGCCUUCACGAUGUCAAGUGAUAAGAUCAAAGUUGCUGUAAGGGUGCGACCCUUCAAUCGCCGCGAAAUCGAACUGGGUACAAAAUGUAUCGUGGAAAUGGAAAAACAACAGACCAUAUUGCAGAAUCCACCACCAUUGGAGAAAAUCGAAAGAAAACAACCAAAGACAUUUGCAUUCGAUCACUGCUUCUACUCGUUGAACCCGGAGGAUGACAACUUCGCGUCCCAGGAGACGGUGUUCGAUUGCGUGGGACGUGACAUACUGGACAAUGCAUUCCAGGGCUACAAUGCGUGCAUAUUCGCUUAUGGUCAGACAGGGUCCGGCAAGUCCUAUACGAUGAUGGGCUCUCAGGAGAACAAGGGCAUUAUACCGCGCCUGUGUGAUAAGCUCUUCUCGGCCAUUGCGAACAAGUCGACGCCCGAGCUGAUGUACAAAGUGGAGGUCUCCUACAUGGAGAUCUACAACGAGAAGGUCCACGAUCUGCUCGACCCUAAACCAAACAAGCAGUCGCUAAAGGUGCGCGAGCACAACGUGAUGGGUCCCUAUGUCGAUGGGUUGUCGCAGCUGGCCGUGGCAUCCUACCAGGACAUCGACAACCUCAUGACCGAGGGCAACAAGUCCCGGACGGUGGCGGCCACCAACAUGAAUGCCGAGUCUUCGCGUUCCCAUGCCGUCUUCUCGGUAGUGCUCACCCAAAUACUCACGGAUCAGGCAACGGGCGUCAGCGGGGAGAAGGUCUCUCGGAUGUCCCUCGUAGACUUGGCUGGCUCCGAGCGUGCCGUGAAGACGGGAGCUGUCGGCGAUCGUCUCAAGGAGGGUUCCAACAUCAACAAAUCUCUGACCACGCUUGGCCUGGUCAUCUCCAAGCUGGCCGAUCAGACAAACGGCAAGAGGAGUGGAAACGACAAGUUUGUGCCCUAUCGGGACUCUGUGCUCACCUGGCUGCUGAAGGACAAUCUGGGCGGCAACUCCAGGACCGUAAUGGUGGCCACAAUCUCGCCGUCGGCGGACAACUACGAGGAGACGCUGUCCACGCUGCGCUAUGCGGAUCGGGCCAAACGCAUCGUCAACCACGCCGUGGUCAAUGAAGAUCCCAAUGCCAGGAUUAUUCGGGAGCUGCGACACGAGGUGGAGACGCUGAGGAGCAUGCUGAAGCACGCCACGGGAUCGCCAGUGGGCGAUGUGCAGGAUAAGCUUGCCGAGAGCGAAAAUUUAAUGAAGCAGAUCUCCCAGACCUGGGAGGAGAAACUGGUCAAAACGGAGCGCAUCCAGAACGAGCGACAGCAGGCCCUGGAGAAAAUGGGCAUUAGUGUGCAGGCCAGCGGCAUCAAGGUGGAGAAGAAUAAGUACUACUUGGUCAAUUUGAAUGCAGAUCCGUCCCUCAAUGAGCUUCUGGUUUACUACCUAAAGGAACGGACGCUGAUUGGCGGUCGCAGCAUAAGCGGACAGCAGCCCGAUAUACAACUCUCGGGGCUGGGGAUUCAACCGGAGCACUGUGUAAUCACAAUUGAGGACAGCGGGCUGUAUAUGGAGCCCGUACAGGGAGCACGUUGCUUUGUCAACGGAUCGGCGGCCGUGGAAAAGACUCCGCUGCAGAACGGCGAUCGCAUCCUGUGGGGAAAUCAUCAUUUCUUCCGCGUCAACUCGCCAAAAAGCAACAACACGAGCAUGUGCGCCUCGGAACCACAGACGCCGGCCCAGCUGAUCGACUACAACUUUGCGCGAGAUGAGAUUAUGCAGAACGAGCUGAGCAACGACCCCAUCCAGACGGCCAUUGCUCGGCUGGAGCGCCAGCAUGAGGAAGAUAAGCAGGUGGCGCUCGAGAAGCAGCGGCAGGAGUACGAGCGUCAGUUCCAGCAACUGCGUAACAUUCUGUCGCCCAGCACACCCUAUGCUCCAUAUGCCCCCUACGAUCCGCUGCGCAUGGGCAAGAUAACCCCGAAUACGCCGACCUCCCAGAUGCGUGUCGAGAAGUGGGCACAGGAGCGAGAUGAAAUGUUCCGACGUUCGCUUGGGCAGCUGAAAACAGACAUCAUGCGAGCCAAUUCCCUGGUGCAGGAGGCAAACUUCCUGGCAGAGGAAAUGGAGAAGAAGACAAAGUUCUCGGUAACCCUGCAAAUACCGCCGGCCAACCUGAGUCCCAACAGGAGGCGGGGGGCCUUUGUUAGCGAACCCGCGAUUCUGGUAAAGCGCACAAAUUCCGGUAGCCAGAUAUGGACGAUGGAGAAGCUGGAGAAUAAACUGAUCGACAUGCGGGAGAUGUACCAGGAGCACAAGGAGCGCGUGCUCAACGGAUUGCCCCUUGUAGAGCAAUUCUCAGACGAUGAAUACGACGACAAGGAUGACGACAAUGCCAAGCCGCAGGAUCCGUUCUACGAGUCGCAGGAGAACCACAAUCUCAUUGGCGUGGCCAACAUAUUCCUGGAGGUGCUCUUCCACGAUGUCAAGCUAGACUACCACACGCCCAUCAUCAGCCAACAGGGAGAGGUGGCUGGUCGCCUACAGGUGGAGGUGGAGCGCAUAGCCGGCCAGAUGCCACAGGAUCGCAUGUGCGAAUCAGUUUCGGAGUCCUCGGAGAACUCACGCGACGAGUACGAUGACCCUGUCGAUCCCUCCGCCAACCAGAUCACGUGUCGCGUCACCAUCAAAUGCGCCACGGGCUUGCCCCUGUCGCUCUCCAACUUUGUGUUCUGCCAGUACACGUUCUGGGGCCACCAGGAGAUGGUGGUGCCCGUGAUCAAUGCCGAGACCACGGCCCACGAUCAGAAUAUGGUAUUCAGAUUCGAGCACACCAAGGACUUCACGGUCACCAUCAACGAGGAGUUCCUCGAGCACUGCAUCGAGGGAGCCUUGUCUAUUGAGGUCUGGGGGCAUCGCAGUGCCGGCUUCUCAAGGACCAAGGGCUGGGAGGUUGAGCAGCAGCAGGCCAAGGCCCGUUCCUUGGUCGAUCGCUGGGCGGAGCUGUCGCGUAAAAUCGAGUUGUGGGUGGAGAUCCACGAGCUGAACGACAGCGGCGAGUACUCGCCCGUUGAGGUGACCAAUCGCAACGAGGUUCUGACCGGUGGCAUCUACCAGCUGCGCCAAGGUCAGCAGCGGCGGGUCAAUGUGCGCGUGAAGCCCGUCCAGAACUCGGGCACGCUGCCCAUAAUCUGCCAGUCGAUUGUGAACGUGGCUAUUGGCAGCGUGACGGUUCGAUCGCGGCUGCAGCGGCCACUUGACUCGUAUCAGGAGGAAGAUCUCACAGUCUUGCGUGAGAAGUGGAGCGAGGCGCUGGGACGCCGCCGCCAGUACCUGGACCAGCAGAUCCAGAUGCUGAUCAAGAAGGAGGAGAAGAAUGAGCAGGAGCGGGAGCGAGAGCUGAGCUUGGUGCAUCAGUGGGUCUCCUUGACGGAGGAACGCAACGCAGUGCUGGUGCCGGCACCCGGCUCGGGCAUACCUGGUGCCCCUGCCUCCUGGGAGCCACCUUCUGGCAUGGAGCCACAUGUGCCCGUUCUCUUUCUAAACCUGAAUGGCGACGAUUUGUCUGCCCAGAAUACAAAUGACGAACUCUCCAUUGCGGGAAUCAAUUCAAUUCUCUCCAAGGAGCAUGGCCAUAAAUUCUACACGCUGCAGAUCCUGCAGCAUCUGGAUAAGGAUGUGUGCUGUGUGGCCAGCUGGGACUCGUCCAUGCACGAUAGCCAAGCCCUCAAUCGCGUCACCGAGGCCAACGAACGUGUCUAUCUCAUUCUGCGCACCACAGUGCGUCUCUCGCAUCCGGCCCCCAUGGAUCUGGUGCUGCGGAAGCGCCUCAGCAUCAACAUCAAGAAAGGACAGACGCUGACAGAUCGUCUCAAGAAGUUUCGACUUGUGCGGGGUGAGAACGCCAUUUGGCAGAGUGGCGUUACCUACGAGGUGGUCUCCAACAUUCCGAAGGCCUCCGAAGAGCUUGAGGACCGCGAGUCGCUAGCACAGCUAGCGGCCAGCGGAGAUGAUUGCUCGGCCAGCGAUGGCGAGACCUACAUAGAAAAAUACACGCGGGGCGUUUCGGCAGUAGAGAGCAUCCUGACCCUGGAUCGGCUGCGGCAGAAUGUGGCCGUCAAGGAACUGGAGACAGCCCAUGGCCAGCCGCUGUCCAUGCGCAAGACCGUCAGUGUGCCGAACUUUUCGCAGGCGGUCAAAGACACCACUAAUGGGAGUAAACUCAUGAAUAAACUCACGCAGAUCAUGCGCUUUGAUGCAUCGAUGGAGUCUCUGCUAAAUGUGGGACGAUCCGAGUCUUUUGCCGAUCUCAACAACAGUGCCCUGGGCAAUAAGUUUACGCCAGUUCACAGUGGAGGAGGAGGCGGCGGAGCCGCCAACGGAGUCAUCCGCAACCGACACAGCUUCGGUGGUAAGGGCAGCAGCGACGAUUCUCCUGGAAAAGCCUUCGGCAUUGGCUCUAUAUCUCUGCUGUCAGCGCGUCCAACGUUUUUGAAUCUCAAUUUAAACUUGAACACAUUGAGAAUUGCGCCAACGAAACCAUCGCCGGCCACCAGCAAGCUGCUGGGCAUGCGCAUGACCACGUUGCAUGAGGAGCCCCUGGGCGGACAUCGCUCGCUGGACGAGGAGCCCGAGGACAGCUACAGCGACUCGGAAUAUGCUGCAGAAUAUGAGCAGGAGCGCCAGCAGAACAGGAGCCUGGCCACAAGGUCACGCCUCACGGCUUCGAAGACCAUGGACUCGUUCAUGGAUGUCAGCAGCCACUCGACGACCAACAGCUACUUGAGCUACACGUCGAGCGCCAAUGCGAAUAUGAAGCACUUGACCGGCCUGGCUACGCUAAGCAUGAGCUCGUCCACCAGCAGUGGCUAUGGCUCCCAGGCCGUGUCCUGUAACAAUCUGAGCAACGAGGACAUAACUUCCAUGCGUUCCAUGAGCAUUGACGAGACUCCAGAUUUUGAUCGUGUCAACUCUAAUUCGCCACCAAAUCGUCAAGCUCGAGUCAACCCCUUCCUCAAGGAUAUGCCAAAAGCCAAAACUCAAGAGCCAGCCGAGCUAGAGCUCCAAGCAAAGACGCUGCAGGAGGCUUUCACACACCCAUUGGAGCAGCCAGAAUCGAAGGAAGCCGCCAAAAGUGAUAACGACGAGUGCGAGCAGGUUCCCAAACGUAAAAUUAACAACAACAACAACGAUACCAAUGUCAAAGAGCAGCCACAACAGAAAUCCGAUCAAGAACUUCACGAGGCAGUGGAAGAGGAGCGAGAGCAGAGACACGAAUCUGCAGAGGAACCAGAGCUCUCUACAGAUAAUCAGAACGGCAACCAAUCGCUGAACGAGGCUACACACAAUUUUUCAGAGCAGAGCAUUGAGGGCGAUGGCAUCGUCAGAGAAGAAUUACCUGCUGGCAAAGUAAUGCGUCGCAAAAAGUCCAACACGCAGCCACCGAACAACAUUGGGACCAGUAGCAACAACAACAAUAAUAACAGUACGAGCCAAACGCCACGCAUUAACCAGCGUGCCUCAGUGGCCAAAAUGGAAGGCUUGGCAGCGUACAUGGACCCCAGCAUUAUGUCCAGCAGCACAGAAGUCGAGGACGACGGAAAGGAUAUGGUACAUCUGACGCUGCCUGAUUGGAUUGUGGUGGGCGAAUCGGUGUUGAUUCGACCGUCCAACGCCAGCGGCGUCAUACGGUAUGUGGGUACCACACACUUUCAGGCAGGCGCCUGGGUUGGCGUGGAACUGGACACGCCCACAGGAAAAAACGAUGGCACCAUGGAGGGCAUACAGUAUUUCCAGUGCAAGCCGAAGUACGGCAAGUUUGUGCGACCUGACAAGCUGCAGCAGGACAAACGCGGCAAGGCGAUGCGGGCCUACAAGGCUGCGGAGAAGAGCAACAGCAUCAGCAAAGAAAUGAGCAGCUCGAUGACACGCUCCAAGAGCCGCGGCGACUCGCUAAAUGUGUCGGCGCGAAAAUGAUUGUACCCAAAGUGUUCGCAUCAGUUGCAGCGUUGGACUAAUUGCAGGCAAUCGACACUGGUCACAGGCGCUGUCAGCCAGCCAGCGACCGCGACAUGCCACAGAUUGCGUGCAACCAGCAGCGCUGCAGAUGCGAACAGUCAUGGCAAAAAGUGCUAUGCCAAUCGACGCUCGACGGCCUUCUAAGGCUGCCACCAAUGAUGACACCCGAUGACAGAUAAUGACGAUGACGAAGUUGAUGACAAGGUCAUCUAGCAACGAACAAUGCGGAGCAUAAUCCACAUGCCAACCAUUUACUAGCUUACUUAACUAUUCUCUCACCACGCCGCAAAUGAAAUGCCGUACACUUAACCCCCGCGCUUAUCUAAGUAGUUUAAGGCGGUGUCUACAGAAGAACGAACUAAAUACUAAUCUAUGUAGCUAAACUAAACUAAGCCUGGCAGGGCGUCUUCGUUUUCGUUCGCGUUCGAGUUGUUGCAAUACCACGAGCACUUGGGCACGAGCAAAAUCUAAAUGUGUAGCGUACUCGUAUUUUUUUGGAGUAAUGUAUGUAUGUAAAGUGUGCAAUGUCUUCAGAUUCAGAUAAGUUUAUGUCGUCGUUUAUUGCUCGUCUCACCGAUUUUACGAUGGAGCGCGUUUGAUUAUGAUUAUUAUUGAAUUGUUUGAAAUACUAUACAUAUUUUUGUAAUGGUCCUUUGCCUUUAGUUUAGUUCAAUUGUUUUUAUGUCGAUGUGACUUGGUUUAUGAUGAGCUUAUAUUUUUAAUUGUUAUUAACUCUAUAUAUGUAUAUCAAAUUU